AAAAAAAAAAAAAAAAAAAAACUUCCGUAAAGCCCCCCGCUUUGCUUCGCGAUUUGGCCUUGCAUGCUUGCGAGGAUCCACCUUGCUGUGUGAAGGCCUGUGAGUCCCAGCUGGCACACCCUUCAAGUGCUCUCGCCAACAAGCCUCUUGCUCAUACUUUGACAUUUCGUACUCGGACUGCCGGAGCCAAGCCCCGUGGUAGUUCUGCAUCUGGCCAGGCAUCUUCGGCAGGUAAAGAAGACGGCUCAGCUACCAUUCUACGACGACGGCAACCUGCAGUUGAAAGAAAGAAAAAAGUCCAAUGCCAAAGAAGAAAAACCCUCCGUGCUCGCCGCGUGCGAAUUAGUGUCUGAUCGACGAUCAACUCUUAGCCUGCAUUAUCAGACCCUCUCACUUGGCCGUUCUUCUUACAGCAUCGUGCAUGAAAAGCGUGCAUGUGCCUGGGAACCGAUACCCACACGUCGUCCCUCCGCCGUGAAUUUGACCUAUCACGGAACAACCAAGGCCAAGCAGUUAGGUGGCCACAGUCAUGCCACGGCCGAAGCAGAGGCCGGAAGCUCAGCCAGGUAGGCGAGUCAUCUCGCCCUCGGCGUGCAUGCAGAUCACAUUGCAAAAGCAUCAGUCGCAGAAAGACAGGUGGAAGCCGAGGGUGGAGCAGGUGAAGCGAAAUCUCAGAAAGGCGGGCAAGCAUGCGGACGCGAACGGGGUCGGCGUGCCCGGCGAAGACUGCGUCUACGAUGUCAAGUUCUGCCCCUUCCUGCCACCGGAUGCGCCGCCCAUAUUCGCAUUCACGUCCGGUCAGAACGUCUUCGUCGCUCGCAUCAACGGCGACGCGAAGCAGCCGUUCGAGGUGUUGGACGCCAUCGAGGACGUCGACGAAGACCGCAACACCAAGACCUUGGGCACGGACAGCUAUCAGUCUCACAACAGCCUGGCCUGGAUGAGAGAUCCCCAGUCGGAUGAUCCGCUCCUCCUCUUCUCUGGAACGGUCCCUAAGAUUCACGUCUACAACGUGGCCAGGAAGGAACGCUUCAAGACCUUGACCGGCCAUGGCAGCGGCAUUCAGGACAUCGUUCCACAUCCGACCAUCCCGUCCAUUUUCGCAACCUGCUCGGACGACAACGAGGUGAGGCUGUGGAACUUGAGCUCCAAGUUCGAGGACUCGUGGUGUGCCGUCAUCUGCCACGGUGAAUUUGGCCACACCAGCACCGUGUACAGCAUCUCAUUCACCAAGAACGGUCGCUACCUGCUUUCGGGAGGCCGCGACACGUGGGUGCACUUGUGGGCUCUCCCAGACCGGAACGAACUCGUCCUCCUUCCCAAGGAGAAGGUCAAGAGUAAGCGUAUCUACUAUCCCCACUUUUCAUCGGCGGAUGUUCACGCAGACAUUGUGGACUGCGUCCGCUUCUAUGGCGACCUGAUCUUCUCGCGCUCCGUCGGCUACAAGAUUACGUGCUGGCGCAUCGACGGCUUCUCUUCAGAAGACCCCAUCCCCGACCCACCCACCAAACAAGUUCCCGGCAGGCGCACGCGCUCAGCUUUCGGCGCAGGCUUCACGGUCUUGUUCACCUUCAACCACAUGGACGGUGACGCGAUUCCUAACUACUGGCACCGGUUCAACAUCUUCCCGGGCGUUGAUGGCAAGCCGGUAUUGGCGAUGGGCGAUCUGAGCGCGGCGAAGAUCCAUUUCUGGGACUUGGAAAAGCUCGAGCUAGACAGGGAAGCAUCGGAGUUCACGGGCGACCCGCUGGAGGCGCUAGAGGCGGACGAGAAGCUGGUCCCCUUCCUUGACAAGAAGAACAUCGGGCUGUACAGGUCGCUAGAUUGGAGCCCAGAUGGGAAAUGGCUUGUUGCUGGCUACGAUGGUGCGACCUUAUUGAUAUGCUGGAAGUGAACUUUCUUGUUUACCAAAGAAAAAGGGUGCGAGAACGCCAAAAUGGGGUGACGGGGUUUUGGAAUGCCUUACUCCGUACUUCUCUCUGUAUGGAGCAAUUUUCCCGCACUGCGCAGCACGAAGGAGUAGGCGAGAUUUCAUGCAUGUGACUGUCCCAUUCAUGCACUUGGGAGAACGAAGCAAUGUUUUUGACUGCCCUCAGUAAAUGGGAACAGAAUAGGUAUCCAAAAUCGGGUUGACAAGUAUUUCCUGUCUAUUGCCUAAGCACAGACAAUGUAGACAACAUAGUGAAUAAGUUGAGAUCUGCAAAAGACGAGCAACAUCAUAGGUUUUGAGCGACUAUUUCGUCAUGCGCUUUCUUCCAAACAUUCAAAAUUCACAGAGAUAACGGUAUCCCUUGAGAGCGAAUGCCAUGGCGCCAAAACGCGAGAGAACGACCAAUGACGCCAGCGUCACACAAAGGCAAAAGAAGAAAGUGAAAAGUGCUACCCCGCCGAC